AUGAAGACAGCACGUUCUACGCCGGCUCCGGCGCUUUCACCGCACCACCAGUACCGGCCCAACAAGUCCAGCACACCCCUCACAUCGCCACGUAUGCUGGCAUACUCCGUCGGCCAGCCAUAUCCACCCAACCUGCCGCCGGCAGCCACGAACUUCGCCGCACAAGAUGUAAACAGCUUGUCAAGCCCCAGCUACUUCGGCCUUGUCGUCGAGUCAACCAACGACCCGCGGGACUCGGCCGUCGUGCCUCGCGAGAACUGGAGCUCUCCCUCGUCCUCAGUCAAGUCGUAUUCCACGGCGAUACCGAAGCAGAUGAUGCCUCUGGACGCCAACCCCACCUAUGAAGCGUUCCGCCGCGGCGCCGACGCCAAUCACCUUGUGCGGUCCUUUUCCCUCGGCACACAAUUCGGCCCUAUUAAGACACCACCCGCUACCGCAGCCGCAAAUGUUGAUGCCAACCCCAGCACGACGGUAUCGACCUCCGCACCCCGGCCGCAAUUGACACGGCGGUCGACACAAGACAGUGGCCCGACCUCCCAUCCGGUGACCAUCCCGCCUCCCGGUGCUUCCAGUGCCAUGCCCCUUUUCCGCCCAACCUUUCAACAAAGAAGCAGCCACGAAGCGUCUAAGCGAGUGGGCGCACAGAUGGAAGUGGAUGGCGACGCGGACAGCAUGCACGACUCCGCGUAUAUGUCUUCGGAUUCAAAGAGAAAUUCUGAGGCAUCCAUUGACCCGCGUCCCAUUUUCAAUGCGCCCCGGUUUGAGUCGCCAGUCCAGCUUGAGGCCGCUCUAGAGUUGAAACCGCCUCCAGAUGCUCAUCGGCAACCACCACCUCACUUCCCUUUGACGAUGGGCCGGCUCAGUAUGUCUGCGGCGCGGAAGGGUAGCAUGGGCGUCGGUCCUACGCCACUGCGUGCAGAGACCGCUCCUCCGACUGGGGAGGCGGCACACGGCAUGAUGGAUGUGCAGCAGCUCAAAGAAAUCCUCGAGCUCGACGCAGUUUCGAGCCCCACCGGCGACUCGAACAAGCGGCUGCUUCUGCUCGACGUCCGCGUAGCAACAUACUACGCUACCUCUCGCAUCCACGGCGCGCUCAACAUGUGCAUCCCGACAACGCUGCUUAAGCGUGCUACCUUCACCUUGCAAAAGAUGCAGCUCACCUUUGCCAAAGACGAGGACCAGGCUAGCUUCGCCGCGUGGCGCGACGCAGCCUACCUUGUCGUCUACGACAACAACUCGGCCGAGAAGCGCGAUGCCGUGGCAGCCAUGAACAUGCUUCGCAAGUUCACUAAUGAGGGCUUCAAGGGCCAGGCAUUCGUCCUCCGCGGCGGCUUCGCUGCGUUUGAAGAGGCCUACCCCAACUGGGUCGACCGCGACACCCCGGCAUCUCCUCCGUCUGGGCGGUCUGCACUGUCGCUGGAUUCCUCUGGUCCCCGGAAGCUGUCGAUUGCACCUAUCCUGGGCGGUGUCAUGCUCCCCGGUGUCACGUCGAACACGAACCCUUUUUUCUCCAAUAUCCGCCAGAAUAUGGACCUUGCCGACGGUGUUGGCCGUAUCGAGCUGACGCUGCCUCCGGGAACGGCAAUUCAAGCCCUCCCCGCCUGGCUACGCACCGCCGCUGACCCGGCAGACCACGGCCAGCGCGUUUCUCAGAAAUUCCUCGACAUUGAAGUGGCUGAGCAGGCGCGCAUGAAGGACGCCUACGGUGUCAUUCAGCAGUCUAUGAACGGCGCCAACCGCUGUGCUCCACAAGUCCAGAUCUCCGGUGUCGAAAAGGGUGUCAAGAAUCGGUACAAGGACAUCCUGCCAUUUGACCACUCACGUGUUCGCCUGCAAGGACGGGCAGCCGGCGAAUGCGACUAUGUCAAUGCUAGCCACCUGCGUGCCAGCCGCUCCAAUAAGCGUUACAUUGCAACCCAAGCACCGCUGCCGGCCACUUUUUCGGACUUUUGGUCUAUGAUCUGGGACGAGGAUGUCCGCGUUAUCGUCAUGCUCACGGCCGAAACGGAAGGUGGUCAGGUCAAGUGCCACCCAUACUGGAAGAACAGUGAGUACGGCCAGCUCACGCUCCGUCUGUUGAGCGAAAAGAAGGUGUCUCUCGAAGUUGACAAGCACCGUCCGAACGCGACCGCCUCGAACAGCGAUGUACCCUUGGCCGAAUCCGGGAGACGUCGUGCGCAGACUUUGAUUUCUGCAGAGAGCAACGACGGCGGUGCCGGAUCGUCUGGGUCAUUCUUUGGCCAGGCCAACGCCGCGAGCAGCAAUGAGGCACCUUUCGUACACGUCCGCAAGUUUGCGCUCAGCCACCGCGGCCACGCGUUCUCGCCCAUGCGUGAGGUGACUCAGCUUCACUACCCGUCGUGGCCCGACUUUGGCACACCGGCGAAGCCCAGCCACCUUCUGGCUCUCGUCGAACUGGCCAAUGCCAACCAGCACGCGGUUUCAUCGCCUGUGGACAUCCCGCAGGGUAUGACGAAGUCGACGUCCAUGUCUGCCGUUCAGGCAGCAGCUGGUGGUCGUGUAUCGGGCAUGAACAAAAUCGACAGCCUGCUGUCGCCGUGGCACGACGGACCAGAAACCAACCCGGCGCCGCGGCCCAUGCUGGUGCACUGCUCCGCUGGCUGUGGACGCACCGGUGCCUUUUGCACCGUCGACUCCGUGAUAGACAUGCUCAAGCGCCAGCACCAGCGUUCUAUUCGGCGGGCUACUGCUGCGUCCGGUCUGUUUUCGCAGCAGCACCACCCUGACCGUCGCGAAAGCAACACUGAGCCCAACGAGGUCAUUGGUGACGACAUUGUUAUGAGCGAUGACGAGGGUGAUUACCACGACUUCGGUUCGCUCAACACGCCAGUUCGCGACGCUGACAAGGGCUUCGACCCAGUUUGGCUCGACAGCGACCAGGUUGACCUUGUGGCUGGCACUGUCGAGGACUUCCGCUCGCAGCGCCUCAGCAUGGUCCAGAGCCUGCGCCAGUAUGUGCUAUGCUACGAGACCAUUGCGGAGUGGGUGACCAAGACGCAGGAGCGUCGCGGUGCCGGUAUUCGCGGCCUUGGCCGUGCUCGUAGCGAGAGCCUGCGCAUGACUCUGAGUUAA